UGUGCCAGCUGUCCGCGCGCACUCGGCUGGUGCUGAGCAACGGUGAGCUUCAACUGAGGAAGAUCUGUGAAUCUGAGAGAAAAAGGGACUAUGGCUGCCAACAUGGGAUCAAUGCGUAUCCUCAUUAAGGGAGGGAAGGUGGUCAACGAUGACUUCACCCAGGAAGCAGAUGUCUACAUUGAGAACGGCAUCAUUCAGCAGGUCGGAAAGGAACUGAUGAUACCGGGCGGGGCUAAGGUGAUUGACGCCUCUGGAAAGCUUGUGUUGCCGGGCGGAAUAGACACCAGCGUGCAUCUGCAGCAAACCUUCAUGAAUGCCAGCAUUCAGGAUGACUUCUACAGUGGGACCAAGGCGGCUCUGAUGGGUGGUACCACCAUGGUGAUGGCUCUGGUCCUGCCUGAACAGCACUGCUCCCUGCUGGACGCCUACGAGAACUGCCGCGCUCUGGCCGACGCCAAGGCCUGCUGCGACUACGCUCUUCAUGUGGGGGUGACUUGGUGGGGGCCGAAGGUGCGUAGCGAGAUGGAGACGUUGGUGAGGGAGCAUGGAGUGAACUCUUUCCAGAUGUUCAUGGCCUACAAAGAUAUGAUGAUGCUGAGGGACUCAGAGCUCUACCAGACGCUGCAGACCUGUAAAGACAUCGGGGCCAUUGCUCGUGUCCACGCUGAGAACGGAGAGCUGGUGGCCGAGGGUGCCAAAGAGGCUCUGGAUUUAGGCAUCAGUGGACCGGAGGGUAUUGAGAUAAGUCGACCAGAGGAGCUGGAGUCUGAGGCUACUCACAGAGCUGUCACCAUCGCCAACAGGGCUCAUUGCCCGAUCUACCUUGUGAAUGUGUCCAGCAUUUCUGCUGGAGACAUGAUUGCUGCAGCUAAGAUGCAAGGUAAGGUGGUGCACGCAGAGACCACAGUGGCUCACGCUGUGCUGAAUGGGAUGCAUUAUUACCAUCAGGACUGGGUUCACGCCGCCGCCCACGUCAUCGUCCCUCCUCUCCGCCUCGACCCCAACACGCCCAACUACCUCAUGGGCCUGCUGGGCAAUGACUCUCUGAGUGUCGUGUCAUCGGAGCACCGUCCAUUUAGCAUCAAGCAGAGAGCGCUGGGCAAGGACGACUUCACAAAGAUCCCUCAUGGAGUGGCUGGAGUCCAGGACAGGAUGAGUGUCAUUUGGGAGAGGGGAGUGGUUACAGGGAAGAUGGAUGAGAAUCGUUUUGUGGCAGUGACGAGCUCUAACGCUGCUAAGAUCUACAACCUGUACCCACGCAAGGGUCGUAUCAUCGCCGGGGCGGACGCCGAUUUGGUGGUCUGGGACCCGGAUGCAACAAGGACGAUCUCUGCGAGCACUCAGGUGCAGGGCGGAGACUUCAACCUGUACGAGGGGAUGCGCUGCCACGGGGUUCCCCUGGUCACCAUCAGCCGCGGACGUUUGGUGUGUGAGAACGGCGUGUUCAUGUGCGCCGAGGGAUCCGGAAACUUCUACCCCCAGCGCACCUUCCCUGACUACCUCUACAAGAAGAUGGUGCAGAGAGAAAAGACUCAUGCUUACAAAGGGGUUGACAGGGAUGCCUACUCUGGUGAUGUGGCCAUGGUGGCGAACACUAUGAAGAAGGAGCUUGGUUUGGGCCCGAUAGACGGAGAUGCGGCCAACAAAGGCGGUCCUCGUGCGCACCAGGGAGUCCGAGACCUCCACGAGUCCUCCUUUAGCCUCUCAGGGUCUCAGGUCGAUGACCACAUCCCGAAGAGGUCCUCGGCCCGGAUCCUGGCCCCUCCCGGCGGUCGCUCCAGUGGUAUCUGGUAAUCGCUGCUGCCGGAGCUACACCCGUCCGAGUCUCCUUGUUUUGUAUAAUUCUACGCAACCAGGAAAACUGCACUGAUUUCUCAAUCACAGGAUUAAAGUUAAGAGAGGAAUAUAAAUUGAAGCAAGUUUCUGUGAUUGGUGAAAACCUAACUGAUGAUCAGUGAUCUACCAAAGUGACUUUUACGAAUCUAAUUAAGUCUUAAUUGGAGGGACUGACCUGAAAAUUUACACAAGAGUGAAGGGCUAUCUAUGAAUUUAAAAAUGGUUUGCUAAAUUCCAGCUGAUCAUACUAACAUUGACAGUCUGCUCAUGACCACUCUGCUCGUGUCCCACGGAGAAACGCAAAUUAAACAAACUGUGAAAGAUCAAAACCAGUACAGUUUUUAUGGUUUGAACUGAAGUGAUGUCGACUGAAUUAUUUAAAAAAAAUAGUACAACUGAAUUCCGUGAAAUAUCUAUUAUACCCCUGUCACAGACACACACACGCGCGCAUACAGUGCACUGUAGACAACAUAGCGUUACACUCGUAUGAAGACAUUUGUGGAUUCUGUUUGUGAUUAAACACCCACUGUGCUCAGCUUCCUGCUGCACCGUGGGUUCCUCUCAGUGUUUUUAUUUCCAAUGGGUGAACUGUGCUGUGUGGUGAUGAAAUCCAACUGCUUCAAAACACUGCGUGAUUUUACAGCUACACUCUCUAAAUAGAGUGAUACUUGAAUCUUUCCAUCCCGAUGUUUUCACUGCCUCGAGCUGAAACAACACUCACAUUUCCCAGAAAUAUCCUGCCUCGCCUGCAUUGUAGCAGGGUCUACAGACUCAGUGACACAAGUAAACAACCUGUGGGCUGACCUGGGAUUAUAACUGAUCCCAGCACUGAUCCCACAACAGCUAAAUGUCGUCAUUUCUCACAAGGAAACGGGGUACCUGUAGACCUUACAGACUGAAGUUUCUGAAAGGAACAGUGAAGAGUACGCGACUUAAAGAUCACAGUGAGGAUAACAAUGAGAUAAUUGGCUUUCUAUUACUUUGCUGCAGAACAUCAGAACACAGCUUACAUUUACAUCAAUAAAGUUGAAAGCAGUGCCUUCUCCUUCACGGCAGAGAUCACUUUCUGAGUGGAAAACCAGGGCUGCUGAAAACAUCACGGGCCUCAUUUAUCAAAACGAUCAUAAAACAAGGGUAAAUCUGUGAUUAAUAGAUUUCCCGUACACAUGAGAAAGAUUGAUUUAAAUUAAAAAAUAAAUUUUUUGGUUCACUUUAGCUGCUCUGUUACUGGCAAUACAGCUCUAAUAAACUCAUUGUACGCUGCUCUUCCAGCACCAAACAACAGACAAAGGUUGGCAACUAGCCAGAGAAGAAAAGGGAUUUAUUGUUAAUAGAGCAGUUUGUCUUCACAGAGCAGGAAGAUUGAGCUGCACAGUCUGAAGAAAACCACUGAACCUCUCACCUGAUGAUGUCUCAUUCCUGCUAUCAGUAUUGUAUGUAUACAUGAACACGUCUUCUUGUCUGUGAACUAUAUAUUUAGGAUGUUUGUUUGUUUUGUUUUUUAGCUGAAAGAAUAAAUGUGCCAAUACGAGUCACCCCCACCCAUGCAUGAAGAGCACCGCGUGGAGACAGAGGAGUGAGAUCUCUCCACAUGCUCACAACAACUGGUGCUGAUCCUUUUUUUUAACUAUUACCUAGAGCAACCUUAUUUUAUUGUUGGAUGGAUUUGUUGCUUUGAAGGCACUGUGACUGGUUGGUGUGUGUGUUUGUAGAUUAUUGUUGUGGUGGACAGUGAACCUGUUGAACCUGUAAGUGGCUGCUUGUUUCUUACCACAUGAAUAACAAAAAUAAUAAUAAAGUGAGAACAAUAACAUCCU